AGCAGCGGAAGAAGAUGAGCUAGUUUCGUUUCCGAGUGACCUAUUUAGCCUCUCCUGUUAGCAUCAGUGAAUAAUCUUUAUCUCCAACAAUGGACUCGGUCGCUCUUAUAUCAGCAGUCUGCCGUUGUUGAUGUCUAGUUUCUGACUGUUAACCUAAAGAAGCGACAGGAAACAAAAGGCGGUUUCCAGCUUAAAGCGAAGCUAAAUAAACCAACGUUAGCUGUUGUUAGCCACUUGGAUUAAAAUGAGUUGUCAAUCGUUAGCUGCGCUGUGAACUCAGUUGUUUCCUUUGGGCUGUUCACAUUAGCCGACUAGCUGAUUGUCGCUUACACCUUUAGCUGUCUUGGCUUAGCUUGGUUCACUCUUAAAGCUCCCUUGGAUGUUCAGUGUGCCAGGAAGUGACUCCUCAGCCCCAUGUCUGCUGAGGCCUCAGUUAGCAGUGGUGAUGCUGCUGACUCUGCCCAGUCUGCUGUUUCCCAGCCUGCCUUCCACAACACAGAUGAGCUCAGAAAUCGGGGUCUGCUGGGGAGCAAGUAUGUCAAAUUAAAUGUGGGUGGCUCGCUCCAUUACACAACUGUCCAGACAUUAAGCAAGGAAGACAGUCUGCUGCGGAGCAUAUGCAACGGAGGAACAGAGGUGACCAUAGACUCUGAAGGUUGGGUAGUUUUAGAUAGGUGUGGCCGACACUUUGGACUUGUUUUGAACUUCCUGCGAGAUGGCUCAGUUCCACUUCCAGAGGACCACAAAGAACUGGAUGAGGUUUUGAAGGAGGCCCAGUACUAUCGGGUCCAGGGACUCGUCCAGCACUGCGUCAGUGCCAUGCAGAAACAAAAGGAUGUUUUUGAAACUGUGUGUCGCAUCCCCAUGAUCACCUCAGCCAAAGAAGAACAGAAGAUGAUUGCUACUUGCAGAAAACCGGUAGUAAAAUUGCAGAACAACAGAGGAAACAACAAAUACUCGUACACCAGCAACUCUGAUGAUAACCUGCUGAAGAACAUCGAACUGUUUGACAAACUUGUGCUACGAUUUAAUGGCCGCGUCCUGUUUGUCAAAGAUGUGCUUGGGGAUGAGAUCUGCUGUUGGUCUUUCUAUGGUGAAGGCCGCAAGAUUGCUGAAGUAUGCUGCACGUCCAUUGUCUAUGCCACAGAGAAGAAGCAGACCAAAGUUGAGUUUCCUGAGGCACGAAUCUUUGAAGAAACCCUAAAUAUCCUCAUUUAUGAAAACGGCAGAGGAUCUGGUCCAGGAGGCUUACACCUUUUAGAUUCAAGAGGCUCAGGGUCAUCACUAGGAGCUGGCCAAUCGGAGGAAGAGGGUGCUGUGGGAGGCGACAGACGAGUAAGACGGAUCCACGUGAGGAGGCAUAUAAUGCAUGAUGAAAGAGGGCACGGUCAGCAAACUGUGUAUAAGGACUAAUAAUGUGAAAACACAAGACAUGGGAGAGUGACUUAAUGUAUGUUGAUUUUCUGUUGGAUGCUAGCGGAAUGAAAGAUACCCUUGAUCUUAGCAAUAGCUAGGUAGUUAGUCAUUUCAGUAAAUGUCUUUAGACAGAAAUGUAAGGGUUGAUGACUGAAGUAAGAGUUGUUUGGACAUGAAAAAUGUUUACAAGAAAACAAAUUGUGUACAUCAUUUAAAUAGGAAAUAUGCAAAUUACCUGGGACAUGAAACUGGUGUACUUUGCAAAUGUUAAGGCACCUCCUGCAAGUUACUGAAUGGGCCUCGAAACCCAACUCCAACUCCACAUGUGGAUUUAAUUCCUAGAGCAGGCAGUCACCUUUUAAUGUGGGUGUUAUGGUGAUAUGCACUGGCACCCUCCUCUGUGUUUUGACUUGUAGGAAACACUGUGUCAGGCUGUUUGUCCAGGUUGUGAAACAUCUGUUGCCUUUUCAUAUGUUGGACUGAUAUUUGCUGCCUGACAGUAAUGAACAGAGGAUGGUCAAGUUUAGCUUAGAUAUGUUAACACUGGAAUAAACCUGAGUAGCCAUUUUUAGUGAGGUUGUCAAUGAAUGAGAUUGUUGAGCAGCUCCAUUUUCUUUAUUUAAAUUAUUACUGCUGUUGCUUCAAGAUGUUUUUUAUUAAUUAAUUUAUGAACCUAAUUUAUUGUUUGGUAUUUAACGUAUUGUACGCAAUCUUUGUGUUAACUAGUGCUCAAGUGAGUUUUAAUUUUUGGAAUGAUAUGAUGCACUCUAUAGCACACGUCAGAUUUUGAAUUUACUCCUGUAAGUGACUAAAUAGUGAACUUACAUUUCAGUUUAAUGUUUCAAGAGGAACCGUGACCAUUUCUUUCAUUGUGUACUUUAUUCUGAGCCAUGAUUUUUCACUUUCGCUUUAUAUCUUAUACCAAACCACUGAAAUUUGCUCAAAGUAAUUGGCCGUACGCUGACGAUAAAGGUAAAUAAUACUGGGUUGUAUUUGUAUUUCCCUCAGGGAGAGGAUAAGUAUUUUCUUUCUAAUAUUCACCGGUGUCUUGUGUAAAUUUAAUCACUCUGAAUACUGAAAAAACAUUGAAUGAGAGCAAUAUGUAUCUCAGACCCUUUAUAAAAUCACCUUGGAAUACUUUAAAAUAUGCACUAAUAUAACUUCCGUCCAACAGUGGUCAUGGGAAUGUUCUGAAUAAAUUACUUAUGAAAUCCAA